AGUUCCUUCUUCAUCUGUUAUAUUGGGAACCACUUUUAUGGUUAUCCACAUUUCGUCGCUGGUGCAAACACUAAUGACCUCUUCCUAAUUUUCUUGUUUUUUUUUCUUUCAGACUGACAAAAGCUUUUAAUCUCCAGUGGAUGUCUGUCUGGUUUCUUUAGAUUACAUUAUGUGGCUUCUUCUAGCUGGGUUCGUGCUGCUGGUGUGUGCUGCAGAUGCCACACCAAUUGGUGGCAGAACAGUUCCUGAUUUUGGAAAGAUGUAUCAUGUCAAAGGUGAGCUCUCUCUGCCAUAUUCUGAUUUAAAAGAGCCAAUUGAAGCUUGGUACGACCUUGAUGGAAACAGAAGUCGAAUCGACUAUUAUAAUGGAACGGUGCAAACUUUUCUGAUUGGAAACGACUUGGAAUAUGGUGCCAUUUACAAGAUCACACCAGUCACCACAACAACCGAAAUCCAAGCUAUUAAGUGUUUCCAGCUUAAAGGUACCCAGGAGGAUCCAAUUCGCCCACAGGCAGCACUGCCUGAUUUGCAGGGCUUUGAAUUUGAGAAGAUGGAGAAUCACACAGGUAUUCUCUGUGAGGUCUGGAAAAAGGACACUCAGGUUGGCCAUAAGAAGAACACGUAUCGUCUGUGGGUCGCUCGUCCAGAGGGAAUCGAUUCCUUAGCCACCCCUCACCACUUUGAGAUGAUGAGCUUCAACACUCUUUUGGAGUCCCAGAAUGACAAAUACACUAUUGACUACAGUGACUUCAGCCCACAAACUGAGCCUGACAUUUUCACACCACCUGGAGGAAUGACCUGUGGAGAGUUUCCUGAUCCUGUUGAGGAGCAUCAAAUAUUGGCCAACCCCAUUCAAGACUAUGUCAACACCUCUCCUGUGAGCCAUGCCCACCGUCUGUUUGGCCCCUUUAAGGAGAAAUUCCAUCGUCUGUAUAAAAAUGAGAAGGAACACGAAGAGCGUGAGAACUACUUUAUACAUACUCAACGGUUUGUUCACUCUAAAAACAGAGCUGGUCUUACAUAUAGUGUCGGUAUCAAUAACUUCGCUGAUUGGUCAAAGGCAGAGCUGGCCAGGAUGACAGGAAGUUUACGGAUUCCAAAACAGGAAUAGGAUGUUACAAAACAGUCCUCACACAUUUCUCUGAGUACGGCAUAACAAACUGUCUUAAUUAGUGAUAUUUUCAGCUUUUUCUAAAUCAUCUUUUUAAUCAUUUAGUUUGAUUAAAUGGAGUAUCUGCAUCUUCAAGCAUAUUUUGGAAUCAUUUUCAAGUUAUGGUUUGUAACUGGUCUGUUUCUAAAGUUCUCACUGUGACACUGCUUGUCAAACUCCAAACGGAAUGGAAUUCUGAUUAUUAAACUGAUAUUGUGUAAUAACUUUUUUUUCUUCUUUUCCUUACAUUAGGAUGAAUACAAAAAUAAUAAAGACCUUCUUAAUAUUGUAAUAUAUUAAUAAAAAUAUCAUAU